UGGGCCUAUCGAAACAUGGCCCAUUUUCAAAAAUGGAUAAGCACAUUUUGGUCAUUUUGCAUUUCGUAUAUAAACUUCAUAAACCAAAACGUAAACCCUAGAGCCGGGUUUGUUCCUCUGCACAGGAAUUCGGAAUAUUUGACUGGUAGAGUUUUUUUUUCAAUGGCUCCCGCUAAAGUUGAUAGUUCUAAGAAGGGUGAUCCAAAGGCACAGGCCUUGAAAACUGCUAAGGCAGUUAAGUCUGGACCUACCUUUAAGAAGAAGGCGAAGAAGAUCCGAACUUCUGUGACUUUCCACAGGCCGAAGACCUUGAAGAAGGAUAGGAAUCCUAAAUACCCUCGCAUUAGUGCGCCACCAAGGAACAAGCUUGAUCAUUAUCAGAUCCUGAAGUUCCCUCUUACUACUGAGUCUGCUAUGAAGAAGAUCGAGGACAACAACACUUUGGUUUUCAUCGUCGACCUACGUGCGGACAAGAAGAAGAUCAAGGAUGCAGUGAAGAAAAUGUAUGACAUCCAAGCGAAGAAAGUUAACACCUUGAUCAGGCCUGAUGGCACCAAGAAGGCUUAUGUCAGGUUGACCCCUGAUUACGAUGCAUUGGAUGUGGCAAACAAGAUCGGCAUCAUCUAAGUACAUGGGUUUUAUUUAAUGUUAGGCAGUUCUAUGGUGAUUCUUGACGGUAACUUUUCAAAAAAGGAUAGGUUCUAUAUUUCGAGUUUUAUUAUUUUGUAUCAUUUGCUUCAGUUGACACUAAGCAGACACCGUGUUUCAAUUUUGACUCUUAAAUUGAUGAUUAAAUUGAGCAUGUUAAAA